UGUGGUCUUCUUCUUUUCUCCUGCAAGAAAUGAAGAAAUACAAAGCUAAGUGUCUUUGGUACAAACAAUGAAAGUUAUGUCUUUGUAUUUCCAUAUGUGUUUUGUCUUUAUUUUUAUGAUUAUUAAUAAAUUUAUGUCAGUCUAUGCAUUAUGAAAGUGUCUUCUUGUUCAUGUCUAGUAAAACGUUGCAAAUUACCUGUACAUUGUAUAAAGGUCGUAUAUUCUGAACGCGAAGGCCCAAUUUGAUGAAUCAAGGCCAAAAUUAAUUUUAAGUCAAUGAAAACAUGUUGUCUCGUAGUUUGCCUUAGGCUCCAAUGACACCACUUGCUUACGUAACCAUGGCGACUUGGCUACGACAACAAAGUUCACUUUCUCCCCAUUUUAAGGUGUUAAAUAUUAACCAAUCAUAUCAACCUGGCGAAGUCACGCCCCGGGAUAUUCGCUUACGUCAGGAGAUCACCCAGAAUGCAUUGCAAUGUUUACUAUGCCAUAAUAUUCGUCACUCGUUAUAAUUUGUCUGUAGUAAGUGCGAAAUAAAGCAGAAGAUGUCAGUGUAUUUGUGAUUUUUUUUAUUGUAGUAGAGUCCGAAGUAAUGGACGCUAAACUCGAAGUGACCGAGGCCCAGGGAAUGUUUUCUAAGCGUUCAACUUCGAACAUUCUCUCUGACCCUCGAAUAUUACAGCAUUUGAGAAUCGUGGCUCAAGAGUCUCAUCCAACGAAUAUAUCGGAGAGCGAGGAAACUGAUAUUGAUAAUCAACGAAGAGAAUUAUAUGACAAAAUUACUGCUUAUAACAAGCGGAAUCAGCUGGGAGCCUUCAAGAUUUUAUCCAGAGAAAAUCUGAACUACGAAGGUGCACUUAGAUUUUACUUCCUUGACCAAGGUAAAGAGUUAACUAAAGCUGUGAAAUUGACUAACAAAACAACGGUGAAAGAAUUGCUGCCUUCCUUGGUUGAUAAAUUUCGACCGGGACUACAAAAGGAAUUUCUUGCCAUUUCUAAACUUUACGCCGUACUGGAAGAAGAUGAAAUCUGUUUAGUUGAUUCUGAAUGGCCAUUGGCCAUUGCCCUCAACUCAACGAAACCGAUACGCUUCGUUCUUCGUGUCGACAAGGAAAACCCAAAUAUAAUCAUAAAUGGCUCGGAUCAUAUCGAUGGAAUUAUGGAACAAAGCAAACCAAAUACUAAGAGUUUGCUUCGUGUUAAUGGGGGAACGUUGGAAAAACCCGAGAGACCGUUGAGCGGUGGAAACUUUAUGUACGCUGGUCGUAAUAGGAGUAUUAAGAUGACCGCGGGCGCCACUUACGAAAAGAAAUCGAAAAGUCCCUCGAAGCCGAAAAAGGCUCAAGGCAGUAGAACUAAAGGAAAAUCGAUAGGUGCUGUUUUAAAAUUACCAAAAAAAAAUCGUGCGUUAGAACGAGGCGAAGAGCUCUCAAGUGAUGUCACCGUACCUGGAGUGCUCAAAGUGUUUGGUACGGGAAUUUCCGCUGACUCAAACUAUAAAAGUGUCAAGGUUACUAGUAAGUCCAAUGCUGAUUUGGUAAUCAAACAAACUUUGACAAAAUAUAAACUUAAUGCAGAAGAAUGGAAGAACUAUGAACUGUAUGAUGUGGUCGGGAAUUUCCGUAAUGCCUCGGGCGGCUCCGGUAAAGGUAAAGAUUCGAAAAUGCAAUGGGUGACUGACUAUGCGCGUGUUGUUGGGGAGAACGAAAAACCUCUGCUUCUACAGAUGCUUUGGAAACCACCCGCCAAUCGCUCGCGUCGUUUUGAGAUUCGCCUCAGGGGGGGUGAGGAAGAUUACAAAUCUACAUUGGUUGCCACAAGCAAUGGAGCUACCGAGCACAAACAUACUGCGAUUGUAAAUCAGCCACCCGGUUCAAAUUUACUCCAGACAAAACUUAGCCUUAGUAGUACGUCGGAAUGUAGCGAAUCGGGUGUGUAUGAUUUACCCAUGAGUGGUUCCCGUCACGAUGACGAUGGUAGCGUUAGCCAAUCAAAUUUGACGUUCAAUAUGAGUAGUUCGGUUGAUGUGCCAUAUCUUUUGUUGCUUCGUGGCAGUGGAAUUGCCGAAGAUUAUUUAUUGCAUCGUUUAGAUGAUGAUCACAUGAUCAUAGGAAGACCUACUAUUGGUCAAAAACAUCCUGACAUACCGCUGUACAGUGAUGACGUGCAGACGCAACAUUGUAAAGUUUACAAGAAGUUACAUGGAGAUAACGAGAGUGUUGCUGAAUCAGAGGACGGCCUGGAUAUGGUAUUUAUCCAACCUUUCCCGAACUGUGAUGUCAUUGUUAAUGGACGUCCUGUAAUAGAUUAUGUAAUGCUCGCCCCAGGCGACUUGUUGCAAAUUGGAGCAAACUAUGUUUUCUUGUACAAGGAUCCAAUCAGAUUAUCUGAUGCAAAUCUGGUAUUUGAUUGGCUGCCUGGGUCCACAAUGGUGGACGGACAAGACAUGACACGUGACAGAGCUAAGCUCAUGCGGAUGCCGGCUGUAACGCAAAAUCCAAAUCGAUUGUCUUUAGCUUACGAUUUGGAAGACGAAGAUAAGCUUUUGGAAUAUUUUGUAACGAUGUGCGAACCAGUUAGAGAGAAUGAUUUCGAACUUGUUGCUUCUUAUUUGUUCAUACUUGCCAUUGAAUAUUCAGCUUUUCAUCAUAAUGAUAUUGACACAAGACGACUUAUACUUAAAAUUACCAAUGUGAUUCAAGGUGUGGCGUGGGACAAAACGAAGGGAAUUACAGAGACAAAUGUUGAAGGUGAAAUUGAUCCUCUCAAGUCUUUGGAUGAGAUUAUCCCUGAUCUAAAGCAGAUUCUAUUCUGGAUGAGUAACGCUUUAGAAAUGCUCCAUUAUCUUCAGGACAAUCUGUCCACGUAUUUACCGAAUGCGUUUCACGUGAACAGCAGGUCUAACGACCCGGAAGAGGAAGCUUUGGCAAAUGCUGAUGAAGAAUUGCUUAAUGUCUUGGAGGAAGUUGCAAUGUUUACAUUUCAACAGACCGUUUAUCAUUUGACCAAGGUUUUAUAUGUCGCCCUGCCACUGAUAUUGGAUACAAAUCCAUUUCAACUUGAAGAUGAUGAAAGUCGCAAUGGCGACGCGUUGGAGGGAGCCGAAAUAGUUGUUCAAAUCUUCCAGACAGUUUACGAUCUCAUCAUAUCCUUCAACGUUCAUGAGCAGAUCAUCCGUCAACUUUUCGCGUAUCUGUUUUUCUUUACAAACGCAUCUUUGUUCAAUACGCUUAUGGACAGAGGUUCUGGUGGAAAGUUCUACCGCUGGGCAAAAGGCGCGCAGAUACGGGGUAAUCUAGACAUGUUGGAAAGCUGGGCCUCGGAAGUUGGCCUUCAAGAGGAAGCUACUGAUUACCUAAGAAAAUUAUCGUCAGCAGCCGAUGUUCUUGCAACACCUAAAGUACAACUCUUGCAGGCUGACUGGAAGACCCUUCGUCAUGAUUUUCCUGUUCUCAACGCAGCACAGUUGCAUAAAAUCCUCACCGAAUAUCAAAUGGGUACGGGAAAACAUCGACCUGCCGAAUGGCGGCCGACGUCUGACGAGGUUGAUGCUGCUUUGAGGGACGAGGAAAUUCUUGAGAGUUUUUCAACUCACCCACCAUUUUUAUUUCCAACGUCCGAUUAUCUCCUUGACCUCGAGUCUGAAACUCCCAAUCCACUAGUCCAGAAAGCCCUCGAUAAUUUACGUUCAACGUUUGGACCUGGUAAAGAUCCUGAAGUAACCACAUCUACUCCAAGGAAUCCACAAGUGUUGAUUCACGCUCCCGAAUCGGGAAAUCCUUCCCGGCGUUCCACGCCAAAUUCGUCAGUCAGAUCCAGUCCUCCAACGUCAGUAGUUGAGAGCCCAAAGAAAAUGGCGCAGACGUUCAGUUCAAGUGAUCCAACGUUACACAGAGUGGAUCCUGCCAAACUGAGUAAACACUUAAGAAAUCAUGUUGGUAAUGGAAUUUCAAGGAGUGCAUCGUUUGAGAAUGUUUAUACUCCAAAGAAAACUUCGCUCAAGGGAAAAAGAGUUGAACGUAUACGACGUCAAGAAUCGGAUGCUCAAUCUAGUGUCAACCAAUCAGUUGACGUCGAUGACGAAUAUUACAGACGAGGAAGUGAUACACAAGAUGACGUAUUCGUUGUUGAGCUAGAAAAGGGAGACUCUGGGAUUGGUGUGGGUCUUAUCGAUGGUUUGUAUACACCGCUUAAGUCAAACGGUAUUUAUGUCAGGACUUUGGUCUCUACUGGACCUGCAGCGCAGGAUGGGCGACUAAAGUUGGGUGAUAGAAUUCUUGCUGUAAACGGGACAAGUUUGGUUGGAGCUGACUAUCAAAGUGCAAUGCAGUUGAUUCGUAAUGCCGGGAAUCAUUUGACCUUCUUGGUAGCGAAAUCAGACGAUCACGUGGUCAUGAAGAUAACUUCGUCUACUUGUUGAAGUUUUAUCACGUGUCCAUACACGUGACUUCCUCUGUAGUGGUGGAAUGUGUUGAUCCAUGACGCUGCUAGACACAUUGAUAAUGAAUGCUUUCAGAAUGAAAACUAAUUUGAAGAUUUAUCGUUCGUUGACUGUACUUGAGUGACUUCUACUCAACUAUAUUUGCAUUUGUGUGGUUUAUAAAUUCUUACGUACAUGAUUCACUCUCUUUUAUUUAAAGUAAUUCUACGUACAAUUUUUAGUAUUUUCAUCUAACACAAUCUAAAGAGAAUUUAACUACGUUUUAGCAUUUGAAAAGCUUAUUUAUUUACUCCAUUUUCUCGGGACUAGCUUCAUGGCUCAUUAUUUAUUAACUACAAUUCUGUUGUUUGUUCUACAAUCAAUGUGUAGUAUAUAGGAGAAUUUUUCUCGCGAUUUGUGUUUUAAAGUUUGGUAUAAAUUUUGUACAAAUUUAAAGUAAAUUAUGAUAUUUUCUCAAGUGAA